AUGCCAGACAAGACAGUCAGAGCCCCCAGGGCAAAGUACACAGUACUAGGAGAAGCUAUGCGUUCUGUCAUCCCUGGACAUGUGCAAUGUUCAGUGGGUUGUGGAGGUCAAGACUGCAAAUAUGACAACCCAGAUUACUGGAGUGAUGACCAGCAGGCUAUAAAAGGCCUCUACUCAUCCUGGGUUACUGAUCAUCUUCUCGCUAUGUCCAGACCAUCGACAGAAAUCAUUGAGAAGUAUAACAUUAUUGAUCAGUUCAGAAGAAAUGGUAUUAAAUCAGUAAUCAACCUACAGAUAGCUGGUGAACAUGCCAGCUGUGGAAACCCUCUGGAGCCAGAGAGUGGCUUCUCAUACCGCCCAGAGGUCUUCAUGGAAAACAACAUAUAUUUCUACAAUUUUGGCUGGGAUGACUAUGGAGUGGCCAACCUAACUGCUGUGCUGGACAUGGUGAAGGUCAUGGCUUUUGCUCUGCAGGAGGGAAAGAUAGCAGUCCACUGUCACGCUGGUCUCGGCAGAACAGGUGUACUGCUAGCUUGUUUCUUGGCCUAUUCUACCAGGAUGACCGCUAACCAGGCUAUUUUGUAUGUACGUGCUAACCGUCCUAAUUCCAUCCAGACCCGAAGUCAGCUGCGUUGUGUCAGGCAGUUUGUCCAGUUCCUUACCCCUCUGAGAAGUGUGUUUUCCUGUGCUGAGCCUCGAUCCAACCCAGUUACUCUGUCCCAGUACCUGAACCACCAGAGACACAUACUGCAUGGUCAUGAGAGGAAGAAGCUAAGACACGUACCAAAGAUUGUUCACUUAGUGUCUAGGCUGCUGGUGGACAUUGCAAUGAAUCGACAGGUGAUUGAGGAGGACAUUCUGGACGCCCCAGAUAUUCGUGACAUAGAGAGGACUCUCAGUAUCACUAAAACAGGUCCUGAAUUUUUUACAAAGGGGCCCAGCUUACCAUUUAUGCCCACCUUACACAAGCAUUUCAACAAGCCACCUAUCUUCUACCAUCACAAAAGUCUAAGCUACAGUGAGUCUGACUUGAGACGACUGGGCUCACAGCUCCACCCCCUCAAACAGCAUCUCAACUCCCUGGCACAGAGUAAUGUUAAAAUGUCAGUUUCUCCAUCUGAACCAGCUCUUCCAGUAUCACUGUCAUCCCAGCAUCAAGGUUGGAAUAGCAACUUGUCUGACCUCUCACACGACUCAACAGGCUCUCUCUGGAAAAUCAAGAAUACAGAAAACCACAGGGAUGGAUCCAUUCUGCUGAAGAACGUGAAGCAGAAAAAGAUCCAACGUAGUGAGUCUGUGGGAAACAAGGAACUUACCAGCAAGGGUAACAUGUUGCCCAGAUGGAAGGCAGAGCAAAGGGAAGAACUAGCAAUUAAAUCUGAAGGUAGAGAGGAGGAGCAUUCAGAGAUGUCAGAGGUGCCGUUUAUCACCCUACAGUCAGAGCUGUCCCUGGAUUCUAGGAGGCUGCAGGUGGCGCAGGCCCUGGCAGUGGACCUUUUUCUUCAUGGAGAAGAUGAGCACAAGAGCAAAGUCUUAACGUGGGAGGCAGAGCUGAACCAAGGGGGUGCAUGGGAACGGCUGCACAUGGAGCGGGAUCCCGUCAUCCUCACUGGGCUCAUGUGGGCAUGUUUAGAGCAGCUUAGCGAUCCGGUUAUCUCCAUUCAGGAAGCCAGAGCCCUGAACCCCCAAAACACUGAUGCUCAAACUGCCCUCAGCACACUUGACCAGGCCCCUAAAGAAACACUGACAUAUAUACUGGACUGUAUGGCUAAUAUGCUAACGAUACCAGAAGAGGUUGAAAAUGCAUUUCUGAACCGUACUAUCAAGGCUUUCACCUGGGUAAGAAAACCUCUACAUCUUUUUAUUUGCACUUUAUUUCAGCAAUUACAUUAAUGUAGACAUUGUCUUCACUUG